GUAUUUCAAUCAUGUAAUAUUACUUUAAAAUGAAUCGCUUUUUCUGCCUUAAGAAAAAAACCUUCAAAUUUGUGUAUUAAACACUCACAAAGAAUACUAAAAUUUGAGUGUUAAACUCUUAAAAAAACGCCCAAAUUUGGGUGUGAUUUCGGACACCAUCAAUUAAUGGUUACACUCGACAUUGAAGGUUAACGCAAAAAAAGAAAAACCAUUACGACAAAAUACACCCAAUUAUAGAGAUCUUGACGGAUCAAAACGAUAAAUUGAAUGUUAACCCUCAAGUGGAAAUCUAUUUAGAAAUGAAUACUCAAUUUAUGUGUCAUUUCGGACCGCGAAUGCCUAAGUUCUAAUUUGAAAAAUUGUGAAUAUGUGUAAUAAUCGUGUAAUUAACUUCUUUUAACGUGUCCAUGUAACAUUAAAAUAAAAAAAUUGUUAAAAAACCGUUUUAUUUGUUUACAGCAGACGUAAAUAAAUUAACCAUAGCUGAAGCGGCUGCACAAGCUUUCGGUUUCUUUUUGGCUGGCUACGAAACGUCAGCCACAACAGCUUCAUAUUGUUUGUAUGAAUUAGCGUGCAAUCCUGAUAUACAGGAUAAAGUUCGCACAGAAAUUGAUGAAUUAUUAGAAAAUCAUGAUGAUAUCGUACGAGGCUGCAAAUGAAAUGAAAUAUUUUCAAAACAUAAUAAAUGGAACUUUAAGAAAAUAUCCCCCACUAUCCAUUUUAUUUCGGAAGUGCACUAGAGAUAUGGAUCUCUCAGAUACAGAUAUCCACAUUUCAAAAGAAACUAUAAUCAUUAUACCGGUGCUUGGAUUGCACCGCCAUCCAACUAUAUAUCCGGAUCCGGAUUUUGAUCCGGAACGAUUCACCGAAGCCAAUAAAGCAACAAGGCACUCGUUUGCAUAUUACCAUUUGGUGAAGGACCACGGAUGUGCAUGGACAUACAGAGUGUUCAUUAAUGGUUGUUACACCUUUUACCAUAAGAGCGCGCCUUAACUAUGACUUACUAAUUUAUGUGAAGUGAAGUCGUAAGUCAUUUCUUAUGGUAAAAGGUGUAUACUACCAUUAAUGAACACCCUGUAUUUAAUUAAUAAUCGUCUAAAGUAUUUUAUACCUAAGACGUUUACACAUGUACGCUAAGACAAAUAAAAGUGGGACUUGCAAAACUGUUGUUAAAAUAUAAAUUCAAACCACAUCCAAAAACUUCAAUCCCGUUAACGUUAGAUAAAAAGUCAGUUUUAAUAGUUACGGCAAAAGGCGGAAUACAUCUAACUAUUGAUCAACGAUAAC